AUGCGGUUGAGCCAAGCGGACUUCAAGGCGUUGGAGGCCAUCAUCCUGCAGCAAGAGCAGCGCUACAUGGUGGAGGGCAUCAACCUGCCGCACGCGCAGCGCUACUCGCUGCAGCAGCUGCACGACGCCACCAACGGCUUUGACGAUAAACUGCUGCUGGGGGAGGGCGGAUUUGGCAAGGUGUACAAAGGGGUGCUGAAUGGUGAGGCGGUGGCGAUAAAGAUGGCGACCAAAAUGCACCAGCAUGACGGAAAGGCCUUCAAGAACGAGAUCAAGCUGCUCACCAAAGCGGCACACCGCAACCUCGUGCAGCUCAGAGGGUUCUGCGUGGAGAAUGACGAGCAGCUGCUGGUGUUUGAGUUCAUGGAGGGGGGUGCUCUAAACGAAUGGAUCACGGGUGGGUUUUGCUCUGAGCGGAUGGAUCACGGGUGGGUUUUGCAUCAACUGUGGCGCCUGCUGUCUCUGCUGCUGGGUGCUGCGCUGCUGGUGAUGCACCCAUGGUGUGAAGAGACGAGCGACGGGAAGCGCAGGCUGACGUGGCUGGAGCGGAUUCGCAUUGCCCAGAACGUUGCAAGUGCACUGCGCUACCUGCACAGCGACCUCCUGAAUGGAGAAAGUGAAGUGCACGGGGACAUAAAGCCGGACAACAUCCUGUUGACCGCAGAGCCGCCCAUGGAGGCGAAGGUGGCGGACUUUGGGACGUCCAAGACGCUGCCGGAGCGCGGCGAGCUGGUGGUCGAGGAGAGCGAGAGGGUCGGCACCAGGCCUUACGUCGACCCGGAGUACGACCGUUCAGGCAAGUUGACAGAGUAUAGUGACGUGUACAGCUUCGGCGUGGUGCUGCUGCAGCUUGCCACGGGGCAGCGGCCGGUCAUCAGGAGUGACCAGGGAAAUGUGCCGCUCAGGCAGUACGUAUGGCGCCUCACCUGCACCACCGAUGGCCUCUCCUCCGUUGUCGACCCGUGCUUGCGUGGUGCGGGGGAGGGGAGUGGGGGAGUAAGUGCAGGGGAGAUGGUGGCGGGGCGGGAGGAGACGUUCGACAAGUUGCUGCGCCUGGCGCUGUGGUGCACAUUGGGGCGGCCCAGUGACCGUCCCAAGAUGGUGGACGUCGAGUCAGCACUGCGCGACAUCGAAACUGAAGCUGAUGCUGCUGCUGCUGGUGGUGGUGGUGGUGGUGGGUUUCAAGCGGUGCAGCAGCAGCAUGGUGUAGCGCUGGCGGCGAAUGGGUUGUCUCCCCAACGGGGCCCUGGGCUUGUCACUGUAGUGCACCCCCCUCCAUCCAGUGCCGCCCACGGGGAUGCAGCGAAGGGAAACGGAUUCGCUGGUGGCUCGCAUGCUGCAGCUGGUGGAUUCACCACAGAAGAAGAGGAGACUGAGGCGAUGACCGGCCCGUGUGCUCGGUAG